UUCAAAUCUGAUUCUGCCUCAAACUCCUCCUAUAAAAUAUCAGACACAAAGCUUAAUAUCGCUCGCUAAAGGCCUAUUUUCUUGGAGUGCUAGUAGACAAUAAGCAUGGAGCACCAACAGGAAGAAACAUCCAUUCCUCACGUUCUCAUCUUCCCUCUCCCGUUACAAAGCACAAGCAACUCCAUGCUUCAGCUAGCUGAGCUAUUGUGCCUUGCUGACCUUAAAGUCACCUUCAUCAACACAAACCACAAUCAACAACGUCUCCUCCGUCACACCAACGUCCAAUCUCGUUUCGAGCAAUAUCCUUCAUUCCAAUUCCUCACAAUAUCUGAUGGCCUAUCCGAGGAUCACCCGCGUUCAGCCGAACAAUUCGGAGAUAUUAUUAGCUCCUUGCAGACCAUGGCGGAGCCUUUCCUCAAAGAAAUGCUCAGUGAUGUAGUGGAAAAACCAGUCACAUGUGUCAUAGCAGAUGGCCUGUUUUAUUAUGCAGUGGAUAUUGGAAAUGAGAAGGGAGUUCCAGUUAUUACCUUUGACACUAUUAGUCCUUCCUGCCUAUGGGUUUAUCUCUGUCUGCCAAAACUCAUUGAGGCUGGCGUUCUUCCCUUCAAAGGAAAUGACUUGGAUGCCUUGGUAACACAUAUACCAGCCAUGGAAGGUCUUCUCCGACGACGAGAUCUUCCACACUUUUGUCUCUUGGAUGAUUAUAAAACCGAUCUUAAUUCUCAAGCCGUUUUUAAGGAGAUUGAGCGGAUCCCAAAAGCUCAUGGGCUCAUAUUGAACACGUUUGAAGAUUUGGAAGGGCCUUUUCUUUCUUGUAUUCGCUCUUACUUUCCUAAAACAUAUGCAAUUGGACCAUUGCAUUUGAACUUGAAGACUAAACUUGCUGUUAAAGCUACACCACCAUUAUCGUCCUCAAAUAGUUUGUGGGAAGAAGACCAUACUUCCAUUAAAUGGCUUGACGUGCAGUCCAAGGGAUCAGUAAUUUAUGUAAGUUUUGGUAGUCUUGCUGUUGUUUCAAGAAACGAGAUUUUGGAAUUUUGGCAUGGCCUGCUGAACAGUAAAGUUAAAUUUUUGUGGGUCAUGAGGCCUAACAUUUUAAAGGGAGGUGGGUCACAUGACGAAUUCAUGAAGGAACUUGUGGAGGGUUGCAAGGGAAUUGGUUACAUAGUGAGUUGGGCUCCACAAAAGAUGGUGCUAGCACACCAAUCCAUUGGUGGGUUUUUAACCCAUAGCGGGUGGAACUCAACAUUGGAAAGUAUCAUCGAGGGAAAGCCCAUGAUUUGUUGGCCUCAAUAUGUGGACCAAAGAGUCACAAGUAGAUUAGUAAAUGAAUUUUGGAAGGUUGGGUUAGACAUGAAAGACAUUUGUGAUAGAUACGUUGUAGAGAAAAUGGUAAAAGAUCUUAUGGGAACAAAAAAGGAUGAGUACAAGAAAACGAUUGAGAAAUUAUCAGAACUGGCAAUAAUAAGUGUUCAAGAAGGAGGUUUAUCGUACAAUAACCUCAACUGUCUCAUCGAUGACAUCAAAGGGUUGACUAGAUCUACAGAGAAUGGAAGCGUAAAAAUGUGACAAGUUACUACAACAAUACACUCAGUGUAAUCCCACAAGUGGGGUCUGUGAAAAACGUGACAAGUUACUAGAGAAAAGAAAUGUGUUUGUGAUUAACUUGUUGUUUUUGUUUUCUUCUCCAACUUCCUCCUCCGUUUCUUUCACAUUUUGUUAAUGAGAAAUUGGUUGUUACCUUCUCCAAAAAGUAAUAAAUAUUGGAUGUAAAGCCUUGAAAUUUUUUCACUAAGUAUUACUUCUCGGUCAGGCGCUAUAUUGGACAUAGGGUUAUUUGAAAAAUUGUAAAGAUGUAUAAUACUUAAAUCUUAUGCUUGAAAGUUUGUGUGGAUAUUUAAAAGAGAGGAGAAGUAGUUCGGACAAGUUGAAAAUGUGUGACUUGUUAUAACUCUAUGUUGAUUAAAUA